AUGGCCUACAAUAAUCUACUGAAGAACAUUACUGUUGAUGGUGUCACCUUCAAGUACUAUGAUCUUCCUGCGCUAAAAGACCCCAGAUAUGAUGAACUUCCGAUUUCCAUUCGUUAUGUUCUGGAGGCAGCUGUUCGUCACUGCGAUGGCUUUCAUGUCCUAGCUUCAGAUGUUGAAACUAUUCUAGACUGGAAACAAAGUCAGAAAACUCAUCUAGAAAUACUGUUCAAACCUGCCCGCGUUAUUCUCCAGGACUUCACUGGCGUCCCUGCUAUCGUUGACCUAGCUGCCAUGAGAGAAGCUGUGCAGAACUUGGGCGGAGACCCUUCCCGUAUUAAUCCCGCUUGUCCGGUUGACUUGGUUGUCGAUCACUCCAUUCAAGCGGAUAGCUAUGGAAGUUUCGAUGCACUUGAUAAGAACCAGAGGAUCGAGUUUGAGAGGAAUAAGGAACGCUUCAACUUUCUCAAGAGCGAAGGAGUUGGAAAAGGAGGACAAGAACCCGCGGAAAGAGCUGAUUUAUUAAAGAAGUAUAGCUUCAAAAUGAAAAGAUGUUCUCCAAUCCUCAACACUGCUAGUGGAAAGGCUGUCGAUGGAGCAACCCUUCCAAUUUGUAGACAUCACUUCAAGACUUUGCAGAACCAGCAAGCGCCGUCAGCUACUGAACUCGAGCACGUUCAUGGGCCGAAAUAUGCGGUUAACAACGAACCACCGACCGAGUCGGAGGUUCUGCUCUGUAUCCAAGAGAUGAAAAAUGGAAAAUCUGGUGGAGACGACGGGAUUAGCGCAGAAAUGCUGAAAUAUUUUUCUCCAUCUCGCAUUCGUGUGACAAAGAUCAUCCGUUCAAUGUGGAUCGACGAAAGGAUACCUGAUUCGUGGAGACACGCUAUCAUAAUUCCCCUCCACAAGAAGUUAUCCGUCGCGAACCCUAGAAAUUAUCGAGAAAUCUCUUUGCUGCGUGUUAUGUACAAUGUAUUGGAACGGAUUAUCCCGCAGCGACUCAUUAAGCAUCGCGAAGAAACAACGCGCAACGAGCAAGCUGGCUUUCGUCCUGGCCGAUCUACGAUUGACCAGGUGUUCAUCGUUAAGAGAUUGAUCGAAAUCUGGGAGCGGUAUUCGAAGCUGAUGCAAUUAGCUAUUCUGUACUUUGAAGCCGCGUUCGACUCUCCUCACCGAGGCCGUCUUCUCAACGCGCUUCGCCACGUUCCUGGAGUACCAGGAAAGUUCGUUCGCUUGCUUCAUAACAUGAAUCAACGAACAACUGCUGCAGUUCUAAAACCAGCUGGAUGUACAAAUCUGUUUGAGGUGGUAACUGGAGUAAGACAAGGGACAGUGGCAGGACCUUUCUUGUUCAAUUUCGCCUUUGACCAAAUUAUGCGAAGAACAGUAGAUCAGUAUCCUCCUGACAUCGUCUUAACACCAUCAGAGUGCCCCUUGACUGAUCUCGAGUACGCCAACAAUGUUGUUAUAGUCACGGAAAACAGAACGAAACUUCAACAUGUUAUAAAUCUUCUGACAAAGCUGGCUGCAGCCUGCAGCAGAUGUGGAUCUUCUCGAUAG